UACGAACCGCUGUGAAGUCAACUGGCUUAAACCAUCAUAAAAUUUUAUUGCAUACAAAAGCAACGUGGUCACUGUAAACCUGAUCACCAGAAAUUUACCGCACAGUCUAGGUGAAACCGGUGGGGAUAGCAACCCCAGUCAACCACCGUUCUCUGUACUUAAGUGUCCCUCACAUCGCGCUUGUGCGAAUGCACGUAUCGAUCACAUUUCAGUAGGGUGGUUUAUUUCCCUCGACGCAUUCACCUACUUAGUUACAAAGACGGUUACUUACAGCCCCAACUCAGCACUCUCUUACCCUGAGUUAUAAAACGCCAUCAAAUUCAGUACACGUUAUUCGAAAAAUCACAGAGAGCGCGAACAAUCUAACGAAGUUCGAGUCACAUCGAGUCAACUUGUGCUCAGUGCGAACAUGGCUAAGUCAGAGAAGUGAGAGCCGGUGUUUUUUGGCGGGAAUAUUGCUUUAAAGGCGAAAAACUGUCAACACACAGUUUCUUCAAAACCUGUUUAAGAAACAAACUGUAUGGUUUCACCGGAAGCGAAGACAGCUUUUAUUUUUAAAGAUACACGUAGACGUGCGUGUGAGAUGGAGGCGCAAACUUUUCGUUCGCUUCAAAAGAAGCGCACUUCGAAUUUCCGCGAGGACGAAACGAGAUUAUUAAUACAGUUGUGGGGAAGUCCCCAAAUACAAAACAAACUCUACCUGACUCACCGCAAAGAACCAGUAAUGCGUCUUUUGGCUGCCAACAUGCAACAGCGUGGUUUUUACAGAACUCCCGAUGAGAUCAAGACAAGGAUAAGAAAUCUCAAGUGCCUGUACCACAGGAUCAAGAGAACUGUCCAAUCAGGCGCCGGAAUCGGCACUGUCGACCCCGAUUGGCCGCACUACAGAGCCAUGGACAGGAUCCUGAGCAAACAGCACCAAAAGAAGGACAUUUACAAGGACAACGUGUUCGAAGGACCGAGAUGCGAAGACAUCAAACAAGAGAUCGACGAUAUUGACAUCAAUGACGAUAUGGAAUCGUACACCACCAACAGCAUGGGGGGGUCCGAAUUUGAAGAGGAACACGUACCAUUACCCCCACUCACACCUGCACCAAACAAAGACGGGAAAAAAUUGGACCCAGCGAAAACGUACCCACCCAAGACCAUGCCCAAGAUUUUACCCAACGUAACCAUUCCGAUGCAAUCCCAGCAAAAUGGAGUACAAAACAAACAAGGCCCGAUUCCGUCGAUUCCCUUUCCUCUUCUCAUACUGAAUGGAGUUCAACCCCAAAACAACCACCCAGAGAAGAAGGACACCCCGAAAAUGACUACCAACUCUAAAGGAGAUCCAGAUAUGAAUCACGUCCUUAAAGAGCUGCUCGAAGUCCAAAAGGAAAACUUGGAUAUUGAGCGCCAACGCCUUGAAUUAGAGAAACAGAGAUUAGAGUUUGAACGUUUUGUUGGGUCUCAGCUCCUGGCUGUGGGUCCUUUCAUUGGCAGUUUAUUCCAAAGGUUUGCCUUUUUGAACGAAGAUUCUGACAGUUCUGAAAAAAAUAGUCGGAAGAGACCAAAUUCAUGUGAUAUUGAUUUGUUAAAAGAUACUAAAAUUCUCAAAACGCUUCUCAGUGAAGGGAUUAAAAAAUACAUGUUAGGGGAAGACAGUGAAAAUGAUGACAGCGGUAUUCAGAACGACGAUAAUAGUAAUAGUAGCAAGUAGUAAUGACAAGAGUGAGUCUUAAUUUUUGUGCCAUUCCAAGAAAGCAUUCCGUUAGAUGUUAGUAAUUUAUUUGAUUUUGUAUAGAAUUAAAUUAUGCUAUUGAGUAUUCAUAAAACAGAUUAUUGGU